AUGUUCUUCUUCACUGUUCCCGAAUACCAGGAUAUCAUCAAUAAAAUUGACGACCCCUUCACAGUUUAUCAGCAUCCUUUCAAUGAUCUUCUGAAAAAUCUCGGAAGCGCAGGUGUUUCAGAAAGCACAAUUCGGCGCAUAGUGGACGAUGAUGAAUAUUUUACCCGCGAAGGAUCUCUGUAUAAUGAUAUAGACAAACUUGUCAUCUCAGUAAGGGAUGAUAGUUCCAGUGAAUCUGAAGAGUCAGAAAUGGACCAAUUUAAUUACGCAGGAGCUUCAGGCAACAUUUCAGAAGUUGAAUAA